CAGUAAAUUUGGUCGAAGAAUAUUUCGUCAACAUGAACAAAGUAGCAAUUAUGUUUUUAGCUGUCUGUCUUGUUAACAUUCACUGUUUUGUGAAACGUGAUGCAGAACCUAGUACCACGGAGAACUAUCUAGAACAAAUAAAAAAUCAAAUACAAGAGAUAUCGAAGCGUAUUAGCGGCAAGGUGUCGGAGGCUUUUGAUCCCGAUCAAUUGAAGAAAGGUUUCAAUGACGCUAUUGACAAACUUAGUAACGUGUUGGAGCCAAAUAAGAAGAACGAAAACAAAGAACAGCAGGCUUAAAGAAAACGUAAAAUGUAUAGAUUGUUACAAAUCUCAUCAUGUACUUUUAAAAUUAACAAAAACGUUGAUAUAGUAUCAGAAUAAAGAGAAGCUCUGUAUUUACUUGAACAAUUCACAGUAAAGAACUAGUCCGGUCAAUUCACACAUAUAUAGGUACAAUAAUUCGCAUAGAUCUAAAAAUGGGUAAGAUUAUUCAGAAUGCAUUAUAUGUGAAUCCUAAUAAGUCCUAACCGAUCUCGUUACCUCUAAAAAAUA